GAAGAAGAUUAUUCUAACAGAACACACUGUCAUUUCGUCAUCUAGUGCUGCUGCUUUGAUAAGCUUGUGACUGGCACUUUAUAUAUAGCGUGUAAAGUCUGAAUCAGAGGACAGAUCAUCAGCGUAUCAUAUAUGAUGGGGAAGCAAACAGAGGGUGGGUUCAAGUUGGAGCAGAGGCACGGCAAGGCUCGCGUCAGGGUCGCCCGGGUUUGGCGGAACAAACCCGACGGACGACAUGUCAUCGUCGAAUGGAGCGUCAGCAUCAGCCUCCUCUCUGAUUGCCUCACCGCUUAUACCCGCGGCGACAACUCCGAUAUCGUCGCCACUGACACCAUGAAGAACACUGUGUAUGCCAAGGCGAAGGAAUGUGUGGAACAAGUUUCGGUUGAAGAUUUCGCAGUUCUACUUGCGAAACACUUCACAUCUCUUUACCAGCAGGUCACCUGUGCCAUUGUAAACAUUGUCGAGAAGCCAUGGGAGCGUGUAUCUGUAGAUGGUGAAACACAUGAACAUGGUUUCAAAUUAGGAUCGGAGAGGCACACAACAGAAGUAAUUUUAGAGAAGUCUGGUGCAUUAAGGAUGACUUCUGGUAUUGAAGGACUGGCUGUACUGAAGACAACAAAGUCAGGUUUUGAGGGGUUUAUUAGGGACAAAUACACAGCUCUUCCUGACACGCGAGAGAGGAUUCUGGCUACAGAAAUCACUGCAUCAUGGAGGUAUCUAUAUGAAUCUAUUUUUAGCAUCCCUCAAAAGCCACUGUACUUCACAGAAAGAUACUUGAAUGUGAAAAAAGUUCUGACCGACACUUUCUAUGGUCCUCCAAAAGAAGGAAUAUACAGCCCGUCUGUGCAAAGCACUCUUUAUGACAUGGCAAAGACUGUACUCAAAAGUUUUCCCGACAUAGCAGCUGUUCAACUGAAAAUGCCAAAUCUCCAUUUCUUACCUGUUAACCUCUCAAACAAGGAUGGUACUAUAGUCAAGUUUGAAGAUGAUGUUUAUGUACCAACAGAUGAACCACAUGGAUCAAUCCAAGCUACCCUAAGCCGUUUAUGGUCAAAGAUGUAGUGGCCGAUCCUUUGUGCGCUCAUCUGUUUGAAGCUCAGGAUUUCAUCUUGCUUUAUGCAACUCCUCAACUGUCAAUUCUGGCAGUCUGCAAAUUUUUCGCAAUAAUAAAUUAUAUCUUGAAGCGUGUGGAAUUUGCAGUGUAAAUAGAACUGAAUGGGGAUAUGAAUAAAUUAUGGAAGUUGAAACAUAAUAAAAAUCAACUACUUAUCUGUACAA